CUUGCCGUAGGCGGCUUCGCGUUGGGUCGUUGCGCUGCCCCACAAUGCCCCGCGCUGGUGGCGCGUGGUGGCGGUUCUGAGGGAGAAAUCGGACAGGGGGCGGCGAUUGUUGCGGGAGAUCCCGGACGGUGCCAUGGCGGCCACGCUGCUCACCCGUGUCUUGUCGGCUGUGAACGGACCGCGUUUCGUUCUCAGAUGUAGUACUACCUGCUUGGUGGAGAAGUGGUUUUCAAAACAUAUUAGUUCAGACAACCGUCCAAAGCAGCCUCUGACAGCAUACAUUCGCUUUUAUAAAGAUCAGCAACCCGCUUAUAGGAAACAAAAUCCAGAUGUAAGUGUUUUGGACAUAACAAAAAUGAUAGCACAUGCUUGGAGGGAGCUACCAUCACCUGACAAACAAACUUAUGAAGCAGCUGCAAAGAUUGAAAGGCAGGCUUACAAAGAACAAAUGGCCAAAUACAAAGCCCAGCUAACUCCUGCACAAGAGGAAGCUUUGAAAGAAGAAAAAAGGAGGAAAGUGGCAAAAAGACGAGCAACAAAGAAAAAAAGACAAUUAACAGUGCUUGGAAAACCUAAAAGAACUCGUACUGCCUUCAAUAUUUUUGUGUCUGAACACUUCCAAGAAGCUAAAGGAGCCUCAAUUCAGGGAAAGAUGAAAAAUCUAUUUGAAGAAUGGCAAAAAAUGGCCAGUUCUCAAAAACAGAUGUAUCAUCAGCUCUCAGAAGAUGAUAAGAUCCGGUAUGAAAAUGAAAUGAAGUCAUGGGAAGAGCAUAUGGCAGAAAUUGGCCGUGAAGAUCUUGUACGUUACAAAAGCAGAAGGAAAAUGUCAAAGGAAAAGAAAACUGUAAGAAAAUCAAAUUUAAAGAAGCCAUUGGGAAGAAAAGUGGCCUCAUCAGCAACCAAAGUGAAGAAGUCUGAAGAAUAAAAUGUUGAGUAACGUACUUGUCCGUCCUGAGUAUAGUCAUUAAUACGCCCAGAAGUUACUCUUGGCUGGAAAGGAGUUGAGGUGAGAUUAUGUAUUUGAAAAGAAACUGAACAAUAAAGUUUUAAAUUUUGGGAAACUGUCCAUUAUGAUAAAUCAAACUGCAAGAAUUUAUGCAGUGACUGAUCAUGAGAGAGGAGAUGUUUGUUUAAAUGUGUAAAUAAGCAUUCUCGUUCAAAUUAAUACACUUUCGUUAAAAAAUUAUCUGUAUAGAAUCACGAUCUUUUUGCUUACUAACAGGUGAUUUGAUUGUCAGCUGCAUGUAAAUAAUGCAUAGUCAUUGAAAAAAAGCAUGUAUAUUUGUUAAUUUCAGUCAUGUAAUUAACAAUUACCAAAUACAGAUUUUGAAUUGCUUUUCGUCUACAUUUUUGCAUGUAUCUACCAGCAAUGCAUUUUAUUUAUACUGCAUAGUUCAAAUAAAAAUGUAGUGACUUUUAU